UGAAGCUUCACUCUACGUGGCGAGAAAUUCAGAAUGUGCAGAAAAUUAAAAUUACGGAUGCUCGUAGCACGGCAGGAUCCAUCUCGUAUUACAACUGGUGGUCUGUCAGACCAUAAACAAAGUUAUUCAUAUUGACUCUCGCGUCCCCCUCGUAUGGAUCUCCGAAACUUUUCUUUGUCGUAAAGAUAUCGAAGAAAACACUCACCAUCUUCCUUUCUUCCAUUUUAAUUUUGCUCUAAUCUGGAAUUGAGCUUUCUUUUCAAAUCUUAUGAUUCAUUUGACAUGUUUCUCCACCCUACACAAUACGCCUAUCCUAAGAAUCAUUGAGACUUUUGGGUAGAACCCCCAACUUGACCCUACUAAGCCACUGAAGAUCGCUUUCGUCAUUUAGGUGGAAGAUCUUGAUCGUAAUAUUCUCCAUAUGGCUUUUUCAAUUUCUGGGAUGCCAUAUCUAUCUUCCAUACCCGUGAUUCCAAAAAAUGAUCUAAAGAUGUAUGGCAUGACUUCCAUAAAUGAGGAAUAUAUACCUACAGACGACCCUCCAGCUUCACCCAAAGAAAACUGGCCACUGGGUCCGGAAACAAAUACACAUCGAAGAAACAAAUCUAGUAUGAACAUGUUAACGGCAAACGGUAUGGGUAUCAGAAAGUGGGAUGGAAAGUCGCGGAGGUCAAUCGAGUGGGAUGGGUUGAGGAGGGAUCCCGAAUUAUGGUACCCUGAAGGAGAUUGCCUGGUUUAUUUGUAUGGCCGAGGACAAUCGAUGAGAGGUCCAGCAUUUCGGGUACCAUUGAAUGUCCUGGUUGACGCGAAAUGCCAACCACUUUUGGAUGCAUUUAUGUCGAAAGAUAUUAACGGCUCGCCACUCUCAGACGUUAGCGAGGCUCUGGAUGAAUAUUUCUCGGGUGCCAGUGAUUCUGAUUACGUUGAGCUAUACAUUCCAGCUCCUAUCAUGGCAGAACGAGGAGAGGCUUUCCUCUACCACGCCGCGACCAGAAACUUCUUUGCGUGGGUUUUCAAGAAGUCGUUAGUCGGACAGGAUUUAGGCAGUGCAUUGGUUGGACUUCUCAAUAGUAUGUCUCAGUUCAGAUCGACUGAUGCCAACAACGUGGAUGAUAUCGUAGCCUAUAUCGACGGAGAGGGAUACGCAGAUAUGAGGAAUACACCGGAUCAUGCCCUUGGAAUUAUGUAUUUUGCAGAGCAUUUCCAUUUCAAAGAUAUGUGGAUAGAUGCACUUGCACAUUGUGCUGGGAUGUGCGAGAAACUCCACAAUAGUCCUGGUUUCGAGUCAUUGAGUCGACAAGAUCGAGUUUUCAUAUCUCGAGCAAGACUGGAAAUGGACCUUCGACUCGAUACAUGUGGAAAAAUGCUGAGCGGAUUUCUCACGGAAGAACUUGCCGACACAUGUUUGCAGCUGAGCCCCGAUGCUCAAAUUCACCUCGAAAAAUUUAGAGCAUUUCUCCAGAGAUACUAUACUGCAAAGCUUGGAUCAUAUCCAUCCUUGGCAUCGAGAUCAGGAAGCGGAGCUUUCUCCAAGAGUCUCUUCAAGCAAAUGCGAUCCGAAUUUGAAAAAUUGUAUGAGUUUCUCGCAGACUCUACUGUGGCGACAACAGGGAAUACAAGCGCUAGUGAGGAAGAACUAGAUGUGUUGCAUGCAGUCAUGGCAUUCGACAGGAGAUAUCAGAUCGAACCAUUGCCCUUUUCUCUACCACUGCUUCCAGAUGAUAAUGCGAAACCAUCUACCAAACCAUUGAGCAAACGAUUGACCUUUACGACAAAAAUAUUUCCCAAGAGUGAUAAAACUCACAAUGAUUCAAGCAUGGAUUCAAUGAACGCUCUCGACAAGGCCACAAAUCGACAGAAUCUACGGCUCACUGAGUGUACGCUUGUUCGUGCUUACCGGGGCUUUGAGAAAGAAUGUGCCACCCAAGCCGAGUCCAAAAUGACAGCAGCGGAAAAGAUCUCCCAGGCGGAAGGCCGCAAGAUUCGUUGGAUUGUGAUUUAUUCUUCUCUUCAAAUACUUAUUCAAGCAACGAAAGUACCAAAUCAAGUGCGCGCUACCCAGAAUGUAGCUUAUAAUAUUUCCAUUCGCAUUGGAGAAUGUCCACCGUGGAAUGACCGGCGUUCGUGUUAUAAUUUGAUUCGCACGCAAAGUGCUCAAGCAAACAGAGACUACCGAAACUCCCUAAUUAGGUCGAACCCUUCCAGUGCUGGACAAACACCAAUUGAUGUCAUAGCCGCUUUCAAUGAUUAUCUCGCCCAAAGAAAGCAAUCAGUUCUGUCGCGAAGGAACGAAAGUGCUCUCGACACCACAUUAUCAACCAAGAAAAUAAUUGAAAAAGUCAAUGCUGGUAAUGCCCUGACGAUAAUGCCGGAACUUCAGCAUCCUAGUCCACGAAGAAAUGCACACCAUGAAAUUUUGAUUGAGGGACAUGGUUAUGGAUUGGAGGACGGCCUUGCCGAUGUUCCAAUAACAAACGCUACCAAGGAAGAAUACGAUUCCUACAGAAAUCAAUCAUCGUCCACCACUUCAUCGAUCGACGCAUCAUCGCAAUGGUCUCGUUCCUCACACGAUCAUGAAGGGAUGAGUUUUGAGUCUUCUGAUGUUGAUUCGCCUAGAACGAGUGGUUCAUUUACAUCUGAUGAUCGUCGAGGUUCAAUAUCUUCGGUCUAUUCAGAAGCUGAAUCACUAGAACAGCCAUUUGCUUUUGAACAAUUGCACAAGCCAAGACCAGUUAGUACAUACUCUGUGAGUAUAUACGAAGAGGAUUUGAUAGCAGGAGGGAUCUUACCCGAUCCAUUAUUCUCACCAAGAACAUUCGAUAAAAAGCAUGUAGGACCUCCGCCUCUCUUCAUUUCGAAACUUACACAAAAGAGAGUAAGCAUCUUGAGCCAGAAGCUCGACAAGCAUGUCAGCGUUGGUAGCAUAAUGGUGAUGAAUGAAGAAUUGGCUGCUUACCUCAAGGUUUGAGCCUGGGUGGUGAUUGAUACUGAAUGUUUUGUUUUGGCUGUUGGAAUACCCAAGCACACUUCUUUGAAUAUUUCUCACGGCCGUUUGGUUCUGAGGGCUUGCGUGUUGAAGGUGGAGUUUCUGGAGGAUCAAAAUAGGCACUGCUCGGUUUGAAGCCUUGCAUUCUGAAUAUGUCGUACAAUUGUAAUGUAAUCAAAAUAUUUCAUUCAAAAGACUUUUAACUACG